AUGUUCAAACAAUUCCCAGCAGAUGUACUUCCCCAUCUGUUUAGUUUUUUCUCUCUGAGAGAAAUCUAUUAUAAUCUCCAAUUUGUUAGCAAGGAAUGGCUAGAAAUUGCCAACGUACCUAAUGAAUAUAACAAAGUACGAAGAAGAAACAAUGUUGGUGGAGGAGACAAUAGUGAUAAUGGUUAUCAUCAGUCGUGGUCAAUUUAUUUGGUUUCGUCAUUCAGAAGUGGAAAGCAAUUUAAAGAAAUUAAUCGAAUGAUGAGUGAUUUGGAGAGCGAUGCUUCUGAUGAGGAAAUUUCAAGGGCCAUGUGGGAUGAUCAACAUACACAAUUGAUCUUUUCAUGUAUUGAAGGAAAGAUGGUGCAUGGCUUGCAUGCUGGUAAUCCACUUGUUAAAAAGGAUGGUAUUGGUGAAAUGAUCAAAUCAAUGCAAUUCCUCUAUGGAGUUCAUUAUGAUAAGGAGCUUGUUAAGAGAAUUGUUUCAGAUAGUAACUCAAUCAAGUCAUGUCUCUAUGUAGAGAAUGAAGAAUUUGCUAAAAACUUUCAAGAAAGAGUGGUUGAAAAUGGUAGCGGUUUAAGUGAUCUGAAGGAAAAGUUCUAUUUUAUGGAUUUGUGUUAUUUGGACUCCUCUUUGAAAAAUGUUAGUGAUGAGGUAUUCAUUUACAAAAUAUUUGAGAGGGUGUUUUCUUUGGAUUUAGAUAACGAUUGGUCCAAUGUAUUUCCCUGUAUUCGAAAAUGCAAAUUAUUGAAACAGAAACUAGAAAAAUGUAAUGGAGAAACUAUUAGAAAAAUGUUUCAAAUUGAAAUGGAGAUUGCCUUGAAAAUGUUACUCAAUAUUCUCAAGUGGGGUUACCAUCUAUCUGAUUUGAACUUUCUAUACUCCUUUGCAAGUUAUUGUAAAUUCACACAAAGCCAAUCUGAAGAGAUAGUGAAAUUGUCUGAUUCUCUUAUUAAUGAAAUUAAUAGAGUUGUAUUGAUUGAAGAAGUGGUACUCACUCCAAUCAUUGAAGAUGACUACAUCUCCACCAGCAUAUUGGAUCAGUUCAAGAAUAACAAACUUAUUGAAAUGGUCAACCAAAAUAAUGCACAUCCACUCGAAGAAAUCGAAUAUAGAAAUCUCUAUACUAACACAUCUUGCUUUUUAAAAUUUCUUCAUAGAAAAUUUUCAAUAGGAGAAAUGUUUAGAACAACAAUUAACAAAAGAAAAAAGCUACUAGAUGCAGAGAAUAGAUUGAAUGGAUAUUUCGUUUUUUGCAUUGUCAACCAGAGAGACAUGGAAAAGAGAGCAAAAUUUUUGGAAAAGAUUGAACAGGCAUUUAUUUAUGCAACUGAGCUGAGGGAUUUCAGAACUGCUUUCUUUUUCUCGACUCUAUUGAAUAAUGCUUGUGUUUAUAGAUUACGUAAAACUCGUGAACACGUGGAUAGAUCAAGUAAUUUCAAAAAUCUGUUCGAGGAGAGCCAGAAAACAAUUUCUUCAGACGGAAAUUAUAGAAAAUUAUACCAAACUGUUGAAAAAUAUGCCAAAGAAGCCAAUAUUCCAAUGUAA